AUGAAGACCGCCAGGCGGGCCAGCAACGUGGAGGUGCCCUCUUUCCUCCGCCAGCUGGUCAAAGAGACGGAAAAGAUGGUCACCUCCUUUUUUAAAGGGGGGCCCAAGGAACAUGGAUGUGGGGAGCAGGACAAUUCUGAUGAGGAUGACUCAAUGCCGAGCCCCUACCUAGAUUGUCCCAUCUUGGAGAAGCAUGUGUCAGAGGGGGGUUCUCAGUCGGGGGUGAACUACGCGGUGGCGAGUAUGCAGGGCUGGAGGGCUCAGAUGGAGGAUGCCCACACCUGCAUGCCCCAGCUGAGAGAAGAGCUGACAGACUGGGGAUACUUUGCCAUUUUUGAUGGACAUGCAGGAACCACAGUGGCACAGUAUUGUUCCAGAAACCUGCUGAAUUACAUCCUGGCAACAGGUGGGGUCAAAGCAACCGAGGACCCCGAGCAGGUGAAGGAGGGGAUUCGUAAAGGCUUCCUGGAAAUUGAUCGCCACAUGCACAAACUGGCUCGCCAGGACAACUGGGACCGUAGUGGCACCACGGCAGCAGCCAUCAUGAUGUCACCACGCUACAUUUACUUUAUCAACUGUGGGGACUCCCGUACACUGCUCUGCCACAAGGGCCAGGUCGUCUUCUACACAGAGGACCACAAGCCGUUCAACCCCAGAGAAAAGGAACGCAUCCAGAAUGCUGGAGGCUCGGUGAUCCUCCAGAGGGUCAACGGCUCGCUGGCCGUUUCAAGAGCACUGGGGGACUUUGACUUCAAGGAGGUGGACUGGAGGCCGCAGACAGAGCAGCUAGUGUCGCCAGAGCCAGAAGUGUAUGAGAUGGAGAGGACGCCUGAAGACGAGUUCCUAAUUCUAGCAUGUGACGGUGUGUGGGACGCCAUUGGUAAUGAGGAACUGUGUGCCUUUGUGCGCAGCCGUCUGCAGGUGUGCGAUGACCUGAGGGAGAUUUGCACCCAAGUCAUGGACCUCUGUCUGUAUAAGGGAAGCUUGGAUAACAUGAGCAUCGUCAUUGUCUGCUUCCCCAGCGCCCCCCAGGUGUCACAAGAGGCACUGCAGCAGGAGGCAGCGCUGGAGCAACAGAUUGACAUGAAAGUGGAAGAAAUUAUUCAGACGAUGAGGUCCAGAAAUGAGGACCCUGACCUUUUGUAUGUAAUCAAAUUCCUGGCUGCAGAAGAGAUACCAGGGCUCCCACCAGGAGGAGGCAUCACCAGCAAGCGAGAUUGUAUCAUCUCUUCAUAUCAGAAAUACAUCAUGGCUGUAAAAUCUCAGGAGGCGAUGGUCAUCGAAGGAUCAGAGGAGGACUCAAACUAA